AUGAUGACGGAGAGCGUAAAGAAACCGUCGUCGUCGGCAUCCAUAUCUAAUUUUGGAGCAUGGGCCAUGAACAUUGUCAGCUCCGUCGGGAUUAUCAUGGCCAACAAACAACUCAUGUCUAACAAUGGCUACGUUUUCAGUUUUGCGAGCACGUUAACUGGAUUCCAUUUUGCUGUUACUGCUCUAGUUGGUAUUGUGUCAAAUGCUACUGGUUACUCAGCAUCAAAGCAUGUCCCCUUCUGGGAGCUUCUUUGGUUCUCAAUGGUCGCCAAUUUGUCUAUCACUGGCAUGAAUUUUAGCCUCAUGCUCAACUCCGUUGGAUUCUACCAAAUAUCAAAAUUAAGCAUGAUUCCUGUGGUUUGUGUUAUGGAAUGGAUUCUUCACAACAAACACUACACAAGGGAAGUCAAAAUUUCAGUGGUCGUUGUGGUUAUUGGUGUUGGUGUUUGUACUGUAACUGAUGUAGAAGUUAACCUCAAAGGUUUUACAUGUGCCGCUAUAGCAGUUUUCUCAACGUCUUUACAACAGAUUUCAAUAGGUUCUCUUCAAAAGAAAUAUUCAGUUGGAUCUUUUGAGCUGCUGAGUAAGACUGCUCCCAUUCAAGCUCUCUUUCUUCUUAUUCUUGGUCCAUUUGUUGAUUACUACCUUAGUGGGAAAUUGAUAACCAACUAUAACAUGACUUAUGCUGCCUUUUUAUGCAUUCUCCUUUCAUGCUCGCUCGCUGUAUUUUGCAAUGUGAGCCAGUAUCUUUGCAUUGGCCGCUUUUCAGCUGUUUCUUUCCAAGUUUUAGGCCACAUGAAAACUGUAUGUGUCCUAACAUUGGGAUGGCUGCUGUUUGAUUCAGAGCUAACUGUCAAGAAUAUCAUGGGAAUGGCCGUCGCAGUUAUUGGCAUGAUAAUUUACAGUUGGGCAGCAGAGGCUGAAAAAAAGUCAAAUGAAAAAACCUCUCAUCAUGCCAAAAAUAGCCUAACUGAAGAAGAAAUUAGAUUAUUGACGGCUGGAAUAGACAACAUUCCUUUGAAAGAUCUUGAACUGGGUAAAGAUCAACAAGAUUGA